AUGGCGGCUGCUUUAGCUUCCAGAAUCUCCCGUGGAGGACGUUCAUUGCUGGGUGGUCUUAACAAAGAUUUCUCUGGUUUGAUGAAUUCUUCCAAUGGAUUGAUGAAUGAAACUAUCCUCUCUCAGCAACAACAACGAAGGAACUUCAUUCAAAUGGGGACGAUUCUUAAAGUUGUGGACAAUUCGGGUGCGAAGAAAGUGAUGUGUAUUCAAGCUUUAAAGAGUAAAAAAGGAGGUCGACUUGGCGAUACAAUAGUUGCUUCGGUGAAAGAAGCAAUGCCAAAUGGUAAAGUGAAGAAAGGAGCGGUUGUGUAUGGUGUGGUUGUUCGAGCUGCGAUGCAGAGAGGUCGUGUUGAUGGAAGUGAGGUUAGGUUUGAUGAUAACGCGGUUGUUCUUGUUGAUAGUAAAGACAAGAAUACGAAAACCGAUCGCCAACCGAUUGGUACUCGAGUGUUUGGUCCUGUUCCGCACGAGCUUCGCAAGAAAAAACAUCUCAAGAUUCUUGCUUUGGCUCAACACAUUGCGUGA